AUCUCGAGCAGCCCCAGUGGUUAUUACAUCAAACCUCGAGUCAGGUUCAUCAGCCUACAGGAGCUGGUCAAGUACUAUCGCAGAGACGCAGAUGGCCUGUGUCAGAGGCUAGCCAGCCCCUCGUUCAAAAAGGCGAUGCCCGAGAGUCUGGAGGUGGAUGGGAUUGAGAUUCCGAGGAAGUCCAUCAGACUGAAAAGCAAACUCGAUGCGGGGUGUGUUGGAAAGGCGAAGAUGGAUCUGGGCGGCAGCUGGACCAGGGUGUGUGUUACGGUGUGGGAUGUGGAGCAGGCCCCAGCUGAAGCCUUCCUGCAGGAGGUCAGCAUUAGGAGAGGUCUUCAGCACCAUCGGCUGGUCCAGCUCCUCGGGGUGGUGACCCAGUCUCAGCCCAUGCUCAUCGUCACUGAGUUCAUGAGCCAAGGGAAUCUGAAGAGUUAUUUAAGGAGUGACCUCGGCAGACAGCUGGAGUUGGUGGUGUUGAUUGACUUUGCAAGACAGGUCGUCGAUGGAAUGCUGUACAUGGAAGAGAAGUGUUACGUGCAUCGGGAUCUGAGGUCGGCAAAUGUUUUCCUGUCCAACGCUCUAGAGUGCAAGAUUGGAGACUUCAGCCUUGCUCGGAAACUGGACGGCCACAGAUAUAUCAUCCGCAGAGAUGAGAAAGUUGCCGUUAAAUGGACAGCACCCGAAGUCUUCAAGGAAAAAUCGCACACUUCCAAAUCCGACGUCUGGUCCUUUGGCAUCUUCCUCAUGGAGCUGGUGACAUGUGGGCAGAGCCCAUACCAGGGUGAGAAAGAACAAUAG